GGCUGUUUGCAAACCAGGCAAUGAAGAGUGGACUUCACCGGUUGCUUUGAUAGUACUUUUUACCACAGGCUACAAGUGAGAUUUGUGCUUCGAUUUUUUCCCACUGGGCACAGACGUCAAUUCAACGACUAUUCCACGUUGGUUGAAAGUCAUUUUAAAGAAAUAACGUGGAAACAUUGGUUCAACCAGUGUGUUCGAAUGAUGUCAGUUUAGGAUGCUCAUUACUUGUCAUGACAACACAUAUUUUCCGACUGUUCUACAAUUUGUUAUAACUCUCCGUCUUCCAGAGAACAUUGAGGUUUCGAAUUUGGAUUAUUUUUUUAACCUGCUGCUCGAGUGUCGAGCCCGUAGUAAAUCCAAAAGACCAUGCCGUCCGCAGGCUGGUGAACAGUGUGUCCGCGUACAUGAACAGUGAACUCAGAAAGUUGUGCAAUGUCGAGCACUAGAACUUGUCGAGGAGUGAAAACGAUGGAUAAUGAAACUAUUUACGGGACAUUUUAGCAGGAUAACUGGGAAUAAUCUGGACUGGAGAUAAAGGAGUACAUUGGAGAAAUUUGCACAAUGUGCUGAAUGUAAAAUACAAAUGUGUUUAUUUAGAGAUAUAGUAGCCGACAUAUUUGUAAAGACUGCCUUUGCAAUAUUUCAUAUGUAUAUCGAUGUUGUUACCGUUAUUUAGAUCGCAAAUAUGUUUGAUUUCAGCAUUCAGCAAGUUCAGUCAUUUUAUGCACCUUACCUACAUAUUUAUCAUCAUGGCGCACUUACGCAACCUCAUGCAUUGGACCAGCCAUAAUCAGCACCCUCAGCAGUAUCUUCACAACAUCUCGCUCAUAGUAGAUGCGGAGACGAUUCAAGUGGUCUACACUAAGGUUAGUCUACCGGGGAGAUGGCGGCGGCGCUCGCCAGCUCCCUGAUACGACAGAAACGUCAAGCAAGAGAGGCAAACAGCGAAAAGGUCGCUACUUCGAAACGGCGCACCAGCCCCAACAAAGAUCCCCGCUCCUUGUGUGAGAGGCAUAUAUUUACUGUCUUCAACAAAAUUCGGUUCUGCAGCGGCAAGAAAAGACCAGUCCGCAGGAAGCCAGAGCCGCAGCUGAAGGGCAUUGUGACUCGACUGUUCAGCGAGCAGGGCUUCUACCUGCAGAUGAAGCCGGACGGCACUAUAAAUGGGACCAAGGACGAGAACAGCGACUACACUCUGUUUAACCUCAUCCCAGUGGGGCUGAGGGUGGUAGCCAUCCAGGGGGUGAAGGCCGGCCUCUACGCAGCCAUGAAUGGAGAGGGCUUCCUCUACACCUCAGACUUGUUCACAGUAGAGGCAAAAUUCAAGGAGUCUGUUUUUGAGAACUACUAUGUCAUCUACUCAUCGACGCUGUUCCGGCAGCACGAGUCUGGCAGGGCCUGGUACCUGGGCCUCAACAAGGACGGCGUUGUCAUGAAGGGCAACCGGGUGAAGAAGACCAAGCCCUCCUCACACUUUGUGCCCAGACCCAUCGAAGUUUGCAUGUACAAAGAGCCAUCGCUGCAUGACAUCGAGGAGAAGGGACGCUCACGAAAAAACUCAGGGACUGAGGCUCCCGCUCUCCUGAACGGAGGAGAAAAAGUGGUGGGGCAGAACUCCACAGAGCAGGACGGUGGCUCAUAGCCUGCACAUCGCCCCGCGUAUUUCUUACACCUUGUUCAACGACAACAACAACGACCAUAAACAACAACAACAACAACAAACAACAACAACAACAACAAAAAUAGAAGAAAAAAAACAUACAAUUACGAAAUUCUUGCCUGUGAAAUAUUUGAGAAAAAAAGGGAGAAAAUAUUUUUCAAUCAAGGACAUUGAAUUGACAUUUUAUGCAAAAGCCUGAUAUGAGUGUGGCACCAGGGAGUUCGUCCUCCUCAUCAUGACAAUGUCAAUGUUUCAAAGCUUUAAACCAUGGUAGUUCACACAUGUUGAUUUUAUGAAUGCAACAGCACUUUCCCGUACUACUUGCGUUGUUAGAAUCAUGGAUUAGCAUGGUAUUGUAAUUGAUUUAGGGCUUUAUUCAAACAGAUCAGCUUUAGUCGACAUCCGCAUAGCAGUUGUUUCGGCGGUGUCGGAGGUGGAACUGCGUUAGAGCUGUCAAAUCGACCAAGAGGCUCCUGGCAUUAUACCCAAAACAGACAUUGCCGUUUAAGAGAAAUGUUCGAACACUGGAAUGUGAGAUGUCAUUUACACCUCGAUUAGGCUGAUCCUCAUCAUUUUUGUUUUAAAUUUGAGCGUCAUUAUUUCUGUAUAGCCUACACUUUCUCGUUCUGAACUUGGGUGUGGCUUCGUGAACAAUGAUCAAGAACAGCUGCUCACCGAUUUGACAGCUCCAACCCAGUUACACCUUCGACACAGCCAAAACAUCAGCUGUGCGGUUGUCGGCAAUAGCCAGUUAACGCUUGAUCUGAUUGAAUCUAGGCCUAAGGCUCUUUCCCCUCUUCCUCCUAAUCAUUACUAUAAUUUUCCUUUUGGGUUGGGGAAGGGGGGUCAUGGAUGGGGUAAAGGCAGGGGUUUGGCAUGGGGAGGUUCUUCUGCAGACACUGCCGUCAGAGGGGAAUAGGUGUGUAUCACGAAUCCUGCUCUCUGAUUUGCUAUGAUGCCCUCAUGGGGAAGGGGGCGGGCAAGGGGUAUCACUGGGGUGGGGUGGGGUGGGGUCACGGUACUCCACACUGUUGGGCUUGAUGGAGUUAGCUACCUUUCCAACAUUAGGUUGGUCACAUGGUACACUUUAGUAUUAUUGUUAGCCACUUGAGUUGAUAGUGCAGCCACUCACAGAGCAGUCACAUGCCAUGGUCAAGAUGUCUGGGGUGCGGUCAUGCUGGUCCAGAAUUGUCUGUGAGACAGACAUGUAGAAUUCUGAUACUGCACAUAGUACAGUAGUGAAGGGGUACACAGAUGUUUUUUUUAAGCCAAGAAACAUUAUGUACAGUUUGAAAUUCUGAAAAGGAAGUAUUGUUAUUGGUGUGCUGCUUUUUAAAAAAUAGUUUGCUACACUAAAAAGCAUUUGAUCGAAAGACCCAGACAAUGAUUUGAAUGUGAGAGAUGUGAUGGACACACUUGAAGGAUCCUGAAUGAGGGGACAGCUAGGGCUAACGAGAGCAGUCAAAGGUCAAACCCUGAUGUCAUAUGUCAUGACACUUACUGCUGUCAUCAAAACCUGAGUUCCACACUCAGGUAUACCUUCAGACAUCAUCCAGGAAGUCCUUCAUAUUUCAGUGGGACCUCCACUUAUAAUAGCAAUCUAGAUUUUUGUGAGUUGUGCUAAAAGCACAUACUGCUUUCUCAACCAUCCAAAGCAUACAAUGUGUCAUUGUAUGAACCUCAUCAUUCCUGUGUGAUAAGUUGCACUACUGGGAAUCUGUUAUACACUGCCCUGAUUCAUUGUAGACUCUGGAUCCACUGCUGGGAAUAUCUAUACGCACUGCCCUAUAUCCUAUUGUCUUAUUAUCUCUUUACUUAUCACAGUUAAACUCAUCAUGACUCGGUCAACCAACACUGGAGGAGAGUUUUUAGAUAUGUUUAAAUUAGCCUAUCAAGGAGUCAUGAGGUCUAUGAGGUCGUCUCUGAUUGGCUGCUGUGCUGAAGGAGACCUGGCCUGAAAACGUGUUCCCCCCAGAAUUUUCUUUGUGUAAAUUGGUGAUUUUGCAUUUAAUUGGUGUACUACUACUCCACUAAGGAGAGAAAUUAUCCAAUCACUCCUCUGAGAAGUCUUCCAUUGGGGAAAAAGACACCAGCACUAGGACUAGUUGUGUUGGAGAGUUGGGUCAUUGAUAUGAGUUCAGGUCCAUGGCAUACAGGCAAUGAAUGGUAUGGGGGCAAAAAGAGCCCUGCCUAAAUGUGUACCGGUGUGUUUGGAUAUCUCCUCAAGGAGGUAGGCCCUUUGUCGAUCUCAACCUGAUCCUGAAGGGUAUAGCGGAAGGGUGUGAUUAAUGCCAUAUUUACGGUAAAUGGUCUUUCUAUGUGUUUGCUAAUGUUUGCACCUUUAUUGAAACACCUUCAUAUGCAUAAUAUAAUAGAAAAACAUUGCAAAUAAACAGCAGGAUGAAAAAUAUAACUGAACAAUAAAGAAUAAUGAUACCAAA